GUGUGAAAUCAUAAGGGGUGGCAUGAAAGAAUACCUCACUCCGAUGGGCCCCACUCCCCUACAUGUCAACCCAAUAUUCGAGAUAGGCCCUCUAGAGCCAAGAUUCUCAGAAUGGUUGGUAUUUGAAGGCAUAAGUGUUGACGAAAGUGGGAGACAACACUUCCUCGACGCCAGUGUUGCUUACAAACGUGCAGUGCUCAACGCAAUUGGCUACCUGUCCAGAUUUGGGUACUCUAAAGAACAGGCUUAUCUUCUACUGUCAUGCUGUCCCUGUGAAGGAAGGAUUUCAGGAAUAGUCGAUUCUCCCAAUGCUGUUGCCACCCUUGCAAUCCCAACAGCCAUCUUUGACCAGGAUAUUCGUCCAAAAAACAACAAAGUUCCAGUUGGGCCUCGGCUGGUAAGGAAUCCAAACAUCCCACAAUGCACUUACGAUGGAAAUUUGCCAACCACAAAAAACCCCUGUGCCAUGGAAUAA